GGCAAAGAUGAACGGCACUGAGGGACACAACUUCUACAUCCCCAUGUCCAACAGGACAGGGCUAGUGAGGAGUCCUUUCGAGUAUCCACAGUAUUAUCUAGCUGAGCCGUGGCAGUUUAAAAUCCUUGCUGUAUACAUGUUCUUCCUCAUCUGCUUGGGUCUACCCAUCAAUGGCCUCACAUUGGUGGUUACAGCUCAACACAAAAAGCUUAGGCAACCUCUCAACUUCAUUUUGGUCAACCUGGCUGUGGCUGGUACCAUCAUGGUUUGUUUUGGAUUCACAUUCACUUUCUACACAGCAAUUAAUGGCUACUUUAUUCUGGGUCCAACUAACUGUGCGAUUGAGGGCUUCAUGGCAACACUUGGAGGUGAAGUUGCCCUUUGGUCACUUGUGGUGCUGGCCAUCGAGAGAUACAUUGUGGUUUGUAAGCCAAUGGGUAGUUUUAAAUUCUCAUCCACCCACGCAAUGGCAGGAAUCGCAUUUACAUGGAUAAUGGCCAUGGCAUGUGCGGCUCCCCCUCUGGUUGGCUGGUCCAGAUAUAUUCCUGAGGGAAUGCAGUGUUCAUGUGGACCAGACUACUACACCCUGAAUCCUGAAUACAACAAUGAAUCAUAUGUCAUCUACAUGUUCGUCUGCCAUUUUAUACUUCCGGUCACCGUAAUCUUCUUCACCUAUGGGCGGCUUGUUUGCACCGUCAAGGCGGCUGCAGCUCAACAGCAGGACUCAGCAUCUACCCAGAAGGCUGAGAGGGAAGUGACAAAAAUGGUCAUCCUGAUGGUUUUUGGUUUUUUGAUGGCUUGGACCCCUUAUGCCAGUGUUGCUGCCUGGAUCUUCUUUAAUAAGGGAGCUGCUUUCAGUGCCCAGUUCAUGGCUAUUCCUGCCUUUUUCUCAAAGAGCUCAGCCUUAUAUAACCCUAUCAUCUAUGUGCUGCUAAACAAACAGUUUCGGAACUGCAUGCUGACCACUCUUUUCUGUGGAAAGAAUCCUCUUGGUGAUGACGAGUCCUCAACUGUGUCCACCAGCAAGACGGAGGUGUCCUCUGUAUCUCCAGCAUAGACUUUUCAAUCUCUCACAGAUUAUGCUCUUUUAGUCAUUGAUCAAUUUGGGCAUCUGAAAAAAAAAAAAAAAAAAAAAAAAAAGACUUAGUUUUUGGUUGCGUUCACUAUCACCAUUAACUGAACUCAAAGCUCAGGAUUAAUUGGGUGAUCAGUGAACACUGACAUAGUGGUUUUAUUUUUAUGUGCCGGGAGGCUAGCAUUUAUAUCUUUUGCCUAAAAUGUAUAUAUAUUUUGUAAAUAAUGAAAAAGGAUUACAUAGAAAUAAAUACUGGCAUUAAAUACUG